UCGACAUUGGUUACUACGGCUUCCUUCUGUGCAUUAAAGCCGUUAACCUUCUCCUCCGCGUUUUUGAGUGCUCUUUUUCAUCAUGGCGGGGAGCGAGUGUGCCAGGAUUCAGGGGCAACCCCAUUUAAUGAAACAAGACCUCGACAAACUAGACAUAAACAAGUUAACUCCGUUCACGGCCGAGGUUAUCAGCAGGCAAGCGACGAUUAACAUCGGAACAAUAGGACAUGUGGCGCACGGCAAGUCAACGGUCGUCAAAGCCAUUUCUGGCGUCCAGACUGUCAGGUUCAAGAACGAGCUUGAACGAAACAUCACCAUCAAGCUUGGAUAUGCCAAUGCAAAGAUCUACAAGUGCGACGACGAGAAGUGCACCCGGCCCGCCUGCUACCGGUCUGCGGGGAGUAGCAAGGAGGACGACUUCCCUUGCGACCGCCUGGGCUGCAAUGGCAGGUUCAGGCUACUCAGACAUGUCUCCUUCGUAGACUGUCCUGGCCACGACAUUUUGAUGGCUACCAUGUUGAACGGUGCAGCAGUCAUGGAUGCUGCUUUGCUUCUCAUUGCCGGCAACGAGUCUUGCCCUCAGCCCCAGACCUCGGAGCAUUUGGCUGCCAUUGAGAUCAUGAAGCUCAAACACAUCUUGAUUCUCCAGAACAAGAUUGACCUGGUGAAGGAAUCCCAGGCCAAGGAACAAUACCAGCAGAUCCUCAAGUUUGUGCAAGGAACCGUGGCCGAGGGGGCUCCUGUGGUGCCCAUUUCGGCCCAGCUGAAGUACAACAUCGAAGUCAUCUGCGAAUACAUCGUCAAGAAAAUUCCAAUGCCUCUACGGGACUUCGCCUCCGAGCCUCGGCUUAUCGUCAUCCGAUCCUUUGACGUGAAUAAGCCUGGCUGUGAAGUGGACGACCUCAAAGGUGGCGUUGCCGGUGGCUCCAUUCUGAGAGGAGUGCUCAAGGUGGGGCAGGAGAUUGAGGUGCGGCCAGGCAUUGUGUCCAAGGACGACGAGGGCAAGCUACUCUGCAAGCCCAUCUUCUCCCGCAUCCUCUCCCUGUGCACCGAGCAGAACGACCUCAUGUACGCCGUGCCUGGAGGACUCAUCGGUGUGGGGACCAAGAUUGACCCGACGCUGUCCCGAGCCGACCGGAUGGUGGGGCAGGUGCUGGGGGCCGUGGGGGCCCUACCGGACAUCUACAUUGAGCUGGAGAUCUCCUACUUCCUGCUGCGCCGCCUGCUCGGGGUCCGCACCGAGGGAGACAAGAAGGGAGCCAAGGUGCAAAAGCUCUCCAAGAACGAAGUGCUCAUGGUCAACAUUGGGUCCCUCUCAACGGGAGGCCGAGUUCUGGCGGUCAAGGCUGAUUUGGCCAAGAUCAGUCUGACCAGCCCUGUCUGCACAGAGAUUGGUGAAAAGAUUGCACUCAGUCGUCGGGUGGAGAAGCACUGGAGGUUGAUCGGAUGGGGUCAGAUCCGAAGAGGAGUCACCGUUAAACCAACCUCUCAGGAGUAAUGAAAUUGAAAAAGAAUUCCAGAACAACCUCGACUUCUGGCUUUUUUGUUCUGAUAUAAAAAUGAAAGAAAAUGGC